AUGGCUGGGACACUGCAGUUUCUACUUUGUCUAGUGGUAGCCAUUGGUCUCCUUGGGCUCCUCCUGCAGCACCAUGUGCCCAGGGAUUUGGAGUGGGUUGAGCAAUGGCUGUGGCAACUCCAUGAUCUUUAGAAGGGGCCUCCCCUUAGCCCUUGGGUUUUCAAGCAUCUGUUCCUUACAGGCCUUGCCUGUGUCUACUGACUCCACAGGGCUAGUGAAGCUAAGGAAAGGGGCCAUUGGGCCUAGGUCUUUGCCCUCCUGGCACAGGAAACAUUCUGGGAUCUGUACAAGGAUUUCUGUUCACAGGACCAGCACCGAUCUCUGGGGUCCUGGACCUCCAUCCUUGACCUAUCCCCUGGCCCUUCCCUUUCACUUGACAUUCUCUCUUCUCCCUUUCCCCAUCCUGGGCGAGCACUCUAUCUAGCUCCUGGUCCUUCCUCUUCAGAUCUCUGGCCUGCCUUGACCCCUGACUUACUCUUGUAA